ACGCGAGGAAACCCACAUUAGAAGCACGUACCUGAGGGGUUUAAAAGUCACCCGCACACGCACUGAUUGCAUCAUUUGCCCGCAAACCAGUGACGAGAACGUUUCGAUUUGCAUAGAAGAUACAAGAAGUAAAAUGUCAGACUGUUCCAGCAGCAACUCCGGUGCCAACUCCCAGAGGAGGGAGAAAUCCGUGAGCUAUGCCCUCUACCUCCACCGAAGGGAGUUGGGGCGUCCCAAGCGCAGGUUGAUGCGAAUCGCCAGCACCAAGCUGCAGCUGACAAACGAGCUCAUCCAGCUGCAGCAGCGUCGCCAAUGGGAGACGGCCUUUGACCUAGAGUUCGACGCGGAGGCCAGUUCCCAGCAGAGGAGUGCCCUCGAUAGGGAACGGGAGUAUCGGGACAGAUUGCGAACCAAUAUGCAGCGGCAACUCGAGAAGCAGCAGAAACGCAAGCGAAAGUAUCUCCAGGAAAUCGGCAGCUGUAGUACUGCCAACUACCAGUAAAAUGCGGAAGGCAAUAAUCAAUUAAUUAGUUGAGCACCAUAUUAAGUAAUUUUAAGAGCAUGAUAACUCCUAUUGACAAACUAGAAAAUCAAGAUUUUCAAGCUAUAGGUCUAAUCUUUCUGACUAUUUUCUAUACUCUUAUUUACACUCAGCAAUUCCUGCUUUGCAUAAAACAAGGGAAUCGAAAAUCUAUUUUGUGAUAUAAUGAGACAGCUCAUUAGUUUUACGGCAUUACAAGUGCAUACCAUUAUAUGAAUUAUUAUAUAAAUCUAGUAUUAAAACAGAAGCUAUAAAACGAA